AUGGAGCUGACACUCUUUGGUUGUUUGAAGAAUGUCUUGGCUGCUCUUAAGCCCAAUUCACUAGGUAGACCAGUUCUCACCACGGGAUAUAAACCGCAUCCCACUGAGACGAUGCUGGCGGCCCAGUGGGCUGGCACUAAAUCAAUUGUGCUAGGAGUGGUUCCCAAGCCCACCAUUACGGCUCCCAAGGAUGCUAUUGUGCGCGUCACUCACUGCACCAUAUGCGGCUCUGACCUGCACAUGUAUGCUGGAGCAAUGAACAAGGCCAUGGAGAAGGGGCUGAUCAUGGGCCAUGAGGCCAUCGGCAUCAUUGAGGAUGUCGGGUCAGGAGUUCUGAAUCUCGAGGUCGGAGAUCGAGUCGUCAUCCUGCCAGUCAUCGCGUGCGGGAAGUGCUUCUACUGCGAUCGGAAGGAGUUCUCCCUGUGCGACAAGACCAACCCUUCUCUAGAGAUGGAAGAGAUGUACGGCCAUCGUCUGUCGGGCAUCUUUGGCUACUCCAUGAUCACGGGAGGAUAUCCCGGCGACCAGGCGGAGUACUGCCGUGUCCCUAACGCAGACCUUGUUUGCGUCAAGGUUCCCCUGACUGUGCCAGCCAAGAGCCUGCUGGGCCUCGCAGACGUGACUCCUACCGCCUGGCAUGGCAACGAGCUGGCUGAGGUAGGCAAGGGCGACGUCGUUGGAGUCUGGGGCUGCGGCGCCGUGGGUCUCUCGAUUCAGCGCCUUGCCAAGCUUCGUGGAGCCAGGAAAGUCUACGCGGUCGACAAGGACCCCAAGCGGCUCCUCAUUGCCGAGUCCUUCGGCAUGAUUCCCAUUGACGUGGGCCUGCACCCGGAGGUGGCAGACUACAUUCUGUCCAUCGAGCCGCGCGGCCUGGACCGCGGCAUCGAGGCGAGCGGUUUCAGGAGCACCAACUCUGUCACUCACAGCACCAUGAGAGCUCUGGGUAUGGAGGGCGACAGCUCUGAUACCGUCAGUGCUAUCAUCAAGGCUACUCGCAAGGGUGGAAACGUUGCUCUCAUCGGUGACUUCUUCUACGAGACUAACAAGUUCCCGAUUGGAAUGAUGAUGGAGAAGGCCAUCACUGUACGCGGUGGGCAGCUCUAUGCCGAAAAGUACUUGCCAUAUCUUCUCGACUUGGUAGUCCAGGGUAAAUAUGAUCCUGCUUUCAUGUUUACUCACGAAGACAAAUUCGAAAACAUCCCCGAGAUGUACGCCGCCUUCAAUGACCAUAAGGUGCCAGGAGGGCUCAAGGUCUGUCUCGUGACUGCCUUUGGCCGAUUACAGGUUUGAUCGU